AUGACAUCUCUGGGAGCCAAACUGAGAUUUGUCGUCACUGCGGGCGUUGGAUUCUUCGCAGAUGGCUAUCUCAACUUGACGAUUGGACUUGUGGUACCAAUUCUGGGUUACCUAUACUUCCAAGAUGGCAAGGUACCGACAGUCGACAGCGACAUCAUGAAAGGUGGCCUCAGCCUGGGCAUGGUAGUUGGUCAGCUUCUUUUUGGGGUUCUAAGCGAUGUCUUGGGUCGCCAUACUGUUUAUGGCAAAGAACUUCUCCUUACUAUAUUUGGAACCCUGAUGGUAGUCUUGUUGCCUUGGAAUCGGAUGUCGGCCCAGUCUGUGACGGCAUGGAUUUCAAUAUUCCGUGUUGUGACUGGAGUAGGAAUUGGGGCCGACUAUCCAUUAUCUUCAUCUUUAUCGGCAGAAAAGUCACCGUUUGGCUCCCGUGCUAUCCAAGUGUUGACUGUUUUCUCAAAUAUCGGCCUCGGUAAUAUUGCGGCCAGCAUCGUGUUUCUGAUCUUGCUCAAGGCAUUUGAGGGGUCGAUAGCCGAUAACCUGAGCCAUCUGGAAUGGGUCUGGCGUCUGCUAUUGGGCAUUGGAAUUGUGCCUGCGAUGUUCACUCUUUAUGCACGGUUAACGAUCACGGAGACACAGCCCUACAAACAAUAUGUCUGUGAUGAUACUGCUGGACAGAAACGCACAUUCAUGAGGCAGUGGGAAGACUUCUGCGAGUACUUCAGUCACUGGAAACAUGCCAAAGUGUUGUUUGCAACCGCGGCCUCUUGGUUCUUGUUCGAUAUUGCAUAUUAUGGUAUCAAUCUUAAUCAAAGCAUUAUACUGGCAAGAAUCGGGUAUGCCCAUGGAGCAACACCAUGGAAGACACUGUACAACACUGCUGUGGGUAAUAUAAUCAUACAGACAGCAGGGUAUCUCCCUGGAUUCUACGUCGGCAUCUUCCUUCCUGAUCGCAUCGGUCGUGUACGCCAACAAUUCUGGACCUCUAUCAUGGUGUGCAUCCUUUAUGCCAUAUGGGCCGGAAUCAGUACACAAAGCGCGCACACCUCGACAGCUGGCUUGAUGGUGAUAUUUGCUCUCUCGCAGUUUUUGCUGACUGUUGGUCCUAAUUGCACAACGUUCUUGAUCCCCGCAGAGGUGUUCCCAACGCGUGUUCGAGGCACAGCACACGGAAUAUCAGCUGCUGCUGGAAAAUGCGGCGCCAUUAUAACUGCAUUUGCUUUCGGUUCUGUUGAAGACGCAAUCGGCUUGGAGGGUGUCCUUGGAUUGUUCUCGGGGAUCAUGCUGCUCACUGCUCUUGUGACCUUGCUGAUACCUGAGACCAAGAAUCGAACCCUUGAGGGCAUUGAAAAAGAUGAGCUCUAUCGAGCAAGCGAAGCCGUUGCCGAGCUUCCACACUCUGAAGUUGAGGCAGGGAACAGGGAGCUAUAUGUGGCAAAGUCUAGCUUUGAUGACAAUUAA